CCCAGGUGUACUGUAAAUAUUAAUAGUUUCCAGAUAUAAUGUACCCAGGUGUUCUCUCAUCUCACUACAUCAUCUUCUCAGCAAUAUUCUAUUGGCAGUUCAGAGAAACCAGGAGUAAGCAGGGAUUUCUAGAGUCAGACAAAUUCAUAGAAAAAGUUGUCCAGCAUGAGAUAGUUGUAAGGGAAGGAGAGGAUACAAGAAUACCUUGUGAAAUACAACCAGGAUCUCAGGAUAGGGAUUUUAAUGAUAUAUCUGACCGGCCUACUCUAAUUAUUUGGUACAAAAAAGACCAGCAUCUUCCAAUAUACAGUCUGGAUCUUAGAAGAUAUUCACAGGACUACAGAGGGGCACCAUGGAGAAAUAACGAUACCACAGAGCGUGGGGAAAUCCAUUACGAAGAGAAUGGUAAAGUGAGAAGGUCCCAUCUUUUCCUACCAACAGUUACCAGGGAGGACGGGGGUAAAUACAGGUGCAGAGUGGACUAUGUUCAAUAUCCAACAAGGAACAGUUGGGUAAAGCUAAAAGUUAUAGUCGGACCUAGUAAACCCCAACUGUUGGAUGGGUUGGGUCUGGAGGUAGUUGGCUCUGUUAUGGUUGGAUUAGGAGAACCUGUCUCUUUACUGUGUCAAACUAAGGGUAUACCAUUCCCUACAAUACUAUGGAAACUGAAGGGGAAUCCUCUUCAGCCGAUAUCCUACCAUACAGACACUCUAUCGGGAGUAGUACAGAGUAGGGUUAGAUUAGAACAGCAGCGUCAAGAACUAGAUGGAGCAAUUAUUCAAUGCGAAGCUUCAAAUAGUGACAGAGCAAGUGAGCCUGUAGUAAGCCAAGUAGUAGUCCGUGUUCUAGCUCCUCCUGCUAGCGUUCAAAUCUCCAGAUCAGAGGAAUUCUUUAACCUUGGACGCAGGUAUAAUGUAUCCUGUACUGUAUCUGGUCUGAAUAUAGAACCUGCUGUAUCAAUCAGUUUUCAGAACAAUCCUCUUUCAAUCCAAACCUUACAGGAAAGGAGUCUAGGAGAGUGGGUGGCUACAGCUGAGGUUUAUCCCACUCAAGGAGAUAUCCUGUUAGAGAGAACUCAGGGGUUUCAAUGGAACCAAGAUACCUUCUCCCCAAGCUCUAAUGAUGAUGAUGAUAAAAAAGAAUCUAUAGGAAGAUAUACAGAUCAGCAGAGUACAAGGCUAGAGUACCAUGUGGUGCCACAGGUUGGAGAGGAUAUUCAUGUGGUUGGAUGUCAAGGAUCUAACCCUCUUCUUCCUCAGAUUGUUCUUCACGAUCAAUGGAAUAUAUCAGUUCAUUAUGGACCUUAUGUGAAGCUUGAACUAGAAAACACAGAGAAGAUAAAGGAAGGAGACAAUAUUUUCCUAAACUGUCAAGUACUCUCCUACCCUCCCUACCAAACCAUACAGUGGAUACGACAGAAUGAGGACCUAGAAUAUCAGAUGGAAACUAAUGUAAUGAUAAGAGCUGACCGACUUUACAUUAGGAAUAUAACCCGAGAGCAAGGGGGGAAAUAUGUUUGCAGAGCCAGCAACAAAUUCUCAUCCCAAAGAUCUAAUAUUCUAGACAUUGAGAUUUCAGAGAGAUGGGUUUGGGAGGUUCGGGACUGUAAAACAGUAAAUCAAAGUUCUAGUUCAUUCCUCAUCGAUUGUUUAUGGUCAGGAGCUGAUCAGCAAAAAGAAACUGUUUUUAUAUUUGAGGUUAUGAAAUCUGGUACUAGGGAACUGAUCGCAAAUGUGAGCACUGAUGUCCCUUCUCUGUUUGUAUCUCAGCUUCCACCUUCCACUGACUUCAUUGUAACUGUCAGGAGUGGGAUGCCUGGUGCUGUCUACUUUUCUCCUAUUAGUAUGGAAACCUUUACUCUAAGAUCUGAAGAACAGCUAGCAACCACUACUAGAAUAUCUAACCCAGGGUAUAUAAGGUUUUUACCAAUGGUUGGAAUACUGCUAGGUCUACUCCUAAUCCUCUCAGUUUUACCUAUCUCAGUUCAUCUUCUUGUCAAGCAUAGAGAUAUCUCAAAUCUACAACGCCAGGGUAUGAGAGGACUAGAGGAUGAUGGAGGCCUGCUGUUAAGAACAAUGGAGACUACCCCAGGAACUCCUUCAUGUACCCUAUCUACUCCAUCCUCUUGUAUGCACCUAACAACCCAUUCAACUCAACCCAACACAAUACAUACUAAUCAUUUAGUUCAUCAACAGAGGAUACCAUCAAACAGUAACACAAUAGAUUUAACAGAUGAAGGCUCAUCAACAACUCAUCAGCUGUUAUCAUCCUAUCUUUCAUCAUCUAGUAUAGAGGAGAGACCUAUACCUCCUCCACCUUCAUACUCAACCCCAGUACCUUUGUCAUUAUCAUCAUCUUCAUCAUCAUCAUAUCCAACAUCUGUUUCUCCACCGGAGCAUUUUCAGAGCACUGGUUCCACCUCUUUGUCUUCCAAGAGUAACCUAAAACCAAUGGAGUCUUCCUCUCUACCUAUCUCAACCCCUGAGGAAUACUGUAGUCCUUUACCCAACCCUAACACCUUUACACCUGUAGUAGUGAGGACCAGUAGUCUUGAAAAUAUUAAUUCUCCAAAAACAAAAACAACCUUUUAUACUUAUCAAACUAUGGAUAGGAAACCGUUGCCAACAAUUCAAGUUUUUCAAGAUGUUGGAAGGGGUGAACGUGUUCAAUCUGGUCUAAAGAGUAUAUUAAAGGAAAGACACAGCUGUGGAAGAGAAAAAAGUUUAAUGGCAGACCAAAACUGUUGAUACAGAACCAGUAUUUAGUAUUAUGGAGUGCAACUGAAAAGAAUACAAGCAUGUACUAUAUCAUUUAACAGUGUACAUGAUACAGAAUCAGUACACUGUAUCACUGAGGAGUGAACAGGAUACAGCUAAGCAUUUCACUGUAUCAUUGAGCAGUAAACGUGAUACAAAAGUAUUGUGCUAUAUCUUUGAGCGGUGCAGAUAAUACAGAAGCAGCGCACUGUAUCAUUUAGCAGAGUAAGGAUGCAGACACAGUGUACUACUGUAUCAUCUAGCUGUGUACUGUAUCACUGAGCAGUGUACAGGACACCGAAGCAGUGUGCUGUAUCAUUGAGCAGUGUACAGGAUACAGAAUCAGUGUACUUGAUAUAAAAUCCGUACACUAUAUCAAUGCUCAGUGUUCCUUAUACAGAAGGAGUGCCAGUGCAUCGUAUCAUUAAGCAGUGUACUGUAUCAUUAAGCAAUCACAUGAUACAAAAGGAAGAAAUUGUAAAGAAAAGAAAACAUUACACAGGAUAAAAUGCAUGUGGUAUAUGAAUAUGAUACACUGUACAAUGUGUACCAUACAAUAUACACCGUAUAUUGCAUACUGUACACUGUACACUUUAUACUGUACAAGUGAGACAAAAAAAAAAUAAGAAACAUACCCCAUUUUUUUC